AUGAAUUUAGCGUCUUACGAUCCCCUCAGUCAGUUGUUUUUCGAGAUGGGAGUUGGCCUUCCUGGCGAGCGGAUCCCAGAUGUGGCUGCAUUAUCCAUGGGCUUCUCUGUUGAAGAUGACCUUUCCUGGCCUGGGCUUGCAGUGGGCGAUCUGUUUCACAGACCACGAGCUACUGUGCUGGUAACAGUGAGAGGAGUGGACAAGCUGACGUUGCCUGUGAAGGGGGUUUCUUACCCUAUUGAGAACGCCGUUCCGUUCACUCUCGACAGUGUUGCGAACGCUAUUCAUGCUUUGUUCUCUGAGGAAACUCCUGUGGUCUUGCAGCUGGCCCCCAGCGAGGAAAGAGUUUACAUGGUGGGCAAGGCAAACUCUGUAUUUGAAGACCUUUCUGUCACGCUGCGCCAACUGCGGAACCGCUUGUUCCAGGACAACUCCAUUCUCAGCUCCCUUCCUCUCAACUCCCUUAGCAGAAACAAUGAGGUUGACUUGCUUUUUCUGUCAGAACUACAAGUCCUACACGAUAUUGCAAGCCUGCUGUCUCGACACAAGCUUAGCCAAAGAUCGCUCUCCAGACCUGUAUUCUCUGGAACUGGCUGGUUUGGAAGAGGUUGGAAAACAUAUGGGGAAGACUCUCAGCAGUUCAAGGAUGCUUCUCAAAUUCUUGUAGACUCUUUGCAAAAGUUUGCAGAUGAGAUGUUUAAUCUGUAUAGUGGGAAUGCAGUAGUAGAAGUGGUGGCUGUAAAGACAUUUAAUUCUCCCCUCAUGAGGAAGACUCGCUCCAUUCUCCAGACUUCACAGAGCGAAACAGAAAAUCCAUAUAACCUUGCCUAUCCCUACAACUACAACUACUCUGUUAUCUUCAACAUUAUUCUGUGGAUGAUGAUAGGUCUUGCUUUAGCUGUGAUAGUUAUCUCCUACAACCUCUGGAACAUGGAUCCUGGGUAUGACAGCAUUAUUUAUAGGAUGACAAAUCAGAAGAUAAGAAUGGAUUGAACUACGUUGUAUUUCAGCGCAAGGAAAUGAUGAAGAGUAAGGUCGCCUUUAAACUGUGGAAAACUAAUAUUCUGACAUGAUUAAUUGUGGAAUUUUUUAAAAGGUGUAUUUAUUUCCAAGUUGUUUCUUUUUUCCUUCUCAAGCCUAUUUUAAAUGUUAGUAGUAGCACCAGAUGGUAUUUAGAAACUGAAAUCUGCUUGU